CGACCUUGUAAAGACGUUGAGGUUGUUGGGAGCUUCACCGGCCGCCCGGACGGGAACAUUUUUCUGCCGCGGAGAGCACCGGAUUCUAGUCCGUCACUGUUGCUGAGAGCUAUCGGAGUUCUCCAUUGAACUAUCGGUAAGUUCAUUUUUCCUAUGCGUGCCUUGCAAUUGCCUUGCUCUAGAUUGUAUGGAUUGUCGGAGCCCAAUGCCCACCCGGCAUUCAGCGAUUUCCACCUCGUAUUUGAUCCUUCUACGUAUUCUAAUGCUAAUUAACCGGGUGCCUUGAACUAGGCACCAUAAUGUUUGCAAGAUCUUUUGCUUUCAGGGCAUUCUCGCCGCAAUGUCCCAGGACCUUUAUGACCCCCGGAUCGUCGGUAUCAAGCCCAACAUGGAGAUACUUCACUUCAAGCGCUGCUCGAACAAAGGCCGCAGUUAAAACCAAGCCCCAAUAUAACCCUCCCCAAUUCAAAGCGUCUCCACAAACCGAGCAAAGUCUGAAAUUUGCUGGACGACGAGCAGAGGGUUUCGGAAAAUUAGAACGAAAGGUCGCCAAAGAAGGGCAGGUGUUACUUUUCCAAGCGCCAUCGCAUCGCAGCUAUGUUCUAGGCGCCUACGGCAUUUCAGCAUUUUGCUUCGCUUACUCCGUGUACAACUCUAAUGUUGUCUUUCGCGAUCCGAUAAUACCUCUCCCAAUGUGGCAGCAGGCUCUCUUUGGCGGUAUCUGUGUCAUGAUGAGUGUCAUGGGUACCGUGUUCCUUUUCAAAACUGGACGGCUGAUCAAAGCAGUCAAUGCCGUUCAAUCUAACGGACAGACCCAUCUCCGCUUUACUGUUCGGAGCUUCAUCCCUUUCAGGAAGCCAUUUGAGUUCGAUGCUUUACCUCAUCAAAUAGCGUUUUCUCGUCGGCUGGUUGUGACGCACGACUCUGUGGCUCGCAUGCAGCAUGCAGAGGCCGCUCAAAAUGGGAACACAAGCUUCUUCAAGGCGCCUUUGAAGAAGACGAGUAUGCUCCUUUGGAAACUAUUCCGAUCUGUCCGGCAGUUAUUCACACAAGAAGACUUCAUCCUCUUGGAAGUGGAAGGUCAAAAAGGUGUUAUGCGGAUGGAUUCUGCGGGAUUUGUAUCGCAGGACUUUCUUGUGAUUGGCAACCCGGUCACCUACAGGCGUUAGAUGACUGGGUGAUCAAGUUGGCCCUCUGUGAGCCAGCCGAUUGUGACGUUCAUUCUGAAAACGUCUAAUACUGUUACUGUUCUUGGUCCCCUUGAUUGGGGCCUUUUUGCAUCCUGAACUGAUGAAGCGUCUCGAUCUGUCCUUGUACAACAGAUUCCCAUGUAUAAAUAAAACCAAUUCUUCUACAAAAUGUAGCAGUACCGAGCAUAGUCUAAGCGAAUGAAAAGAAAUAAAGACGAUAUGGUUGUAUUGUUCGUUGCACGUGAC